CUAGCAAACGAAGCACGGCAGAAAAGUUUAAUAUAACUCCAAAACAAUUACGGGAAUGGAUAAAAAAAAAACAGGAAUUAAAAAAUGCACCACCUUGUGUUAGACGGUUAAAUAUUGGUGGGCGUGCCAAAUAUCCGCUUUUAGAAGUUGAUCUUAAAACUUGGGUUAAAUCUUUGCGUUCACGCCAAAAGAUUGUAUCUCGUUAUAUGGUUAAAACCAAAGCUAGUCAACUUGCAAAGCAACCACGUUUUCUUUCGCUUUAUCCAAUGAUCAAUGAGUGCAAAUGGAGUUACAAGUGGGUUGAUGGUUUUAUGCGCCGUAAUAACUUUAGCAACCGGCGCCGUACCACUGUAGCACAAAGGUUACCAGAAGACUUAGAACCUAAAAGAGAUGAAUUUUUAAUGAAUGUACCACGGCAAGUAUUUCCAUCAGGCAUUGUUGUACGAACCAAUCGGAGUGGGUAUAUGAAUAGCGAUGAAAUGAUUUUUUGGAUCGAAAAUAUAUGGAAUCGACGAGCUCCUUUAUCCAUCAAUCCUCGUUCGCUAUUAGUUUUGGAUGCGUUUAGUGGUCAUCUUACAGACUCAGUUAAGAAUCGAUUUAAUGAGAAAAAUACUAACAUGGCAGUCAUCCCGGAAGGACUUACGAAAAAGUUGCAACCACUGGACGUAUAUAUUAAUAAGUCCUUUAAAGACAAG